AGGCGGUGACUCGCGGCUGGAGCCCGGGGUUGGGGGGGACCGGGUUCUCCGCUCGUGAGUCCUGCGCCUGCCGCGGCGGUGCCGAAACCCGCAGGCUGCUAAUUGUCCUUAGCCGCGGCCACGGCCGCAGGCUCCGUACUUCGGCCCCGGGCUGCCGACGCCUGAGAGAGCGCUCCUCCCGCGGCCACGGCCGCCCGGAGCAGAAACGGCCUGCACGGGGACACACAGAUCUCGGUAGUCGGCCUGGGAGUGGCCGCAGGGGUUGGCAUCUCGGCCGCCUUCCAGGGGAGUGAGUUGGCAGCACCGGGCCGGCCUCAGCAUCAUGCCCGCGCUGUCCACAGGCUCGGGGAGCGACACAGGUCUGUAUGAGCUGUUGGUGGCUCUGCCAGCCCAGCUGCAGCCACAUGUGGACAGCCAGGAAGACCUGACCUUCCUCUGGGAUGUGUUUGGUGAAAAAAGCCUGCAUUCACUAGUCAAGAUUCAUGAGAAACUUCACUACUACGAGAAGCAGAACCCCGUGCCCAUCCUCCAGGGCGCGGCAGCCUUGGCCGAUGAUCUGGCGGAGGAGCUUCAGAACAAGCCAUUAAACAGUGAGAUCAGAGAGCUGUUGAAGCUACUGUCAAAACCCAAUGUGAAGGCUUUGCUCUCUGUGCAUGACACUGUGGCUCAGAAGAAUUAUGAUCCUGUGUUGCCUCCUAUGCCCGAUGACAUUGAUGAUGAGGAAGACUCAGUGAAAAUCAUCCGCCUGGUCAAAAAUAGAGAACCGCUGGGAGCCACUAUUAAAAAGGAUGAGCAGACUGGGGCCAUCGUGGUGGCCAGGAUCAUGAGAGGAGGAGCUGCAGACAGAAGUGGUCUUAUUCAUGUUGGCGAUGAACUUAGGGAAGUGAAUGGAAUACCGGUUGAGGAUAAAAGGCCUGAGGAAAUAAUCCAGAUCUUGGCUCAGUCUCAGGGUGCAAUAACGUUUAAGAUUAUACCCAGCAUCAAAGAAGAGACACCAUCCAAGGAAGGCAAGAUGUUUAUCAAAGCCCUCUUUGACUAUGACCCUAAUGAGGAUAAAGCAAUUCCAUGUAAGGAAGCCGGGCUUUCUUUCAAAAAGGGAGAUAUUCUUCAGAUUAUGAGCCAAGAUGAUGCAACGUGGUGGCAAGCAAAGCAUGAAGGAGAUGCCAACCCCAGAGCAGGACUGAUUCCCUCUAAGCAUUUCCAGGAAAGGAGACUGGCUCUGAGACGACCAGAAAUAUUAGUCCAGCCCCUGAAAGUUUCCAGUAGGAAAUCAUCUGGUUUUAGAAGAAGUUUCCGUCUUAGUAGAAAAGAUAAGAAAACAAAUAAAUCCAUGUAUGAGUGCAAGAGGAGUGACCAGUACGACACAGCCGAUGUGCCCACGUAUGAGGAAGUCACACCCUACCGACGGCAGACGAACGAGAAGUACAGACUCGUCGUCUUGGUUGGUCCUGUUGGAGUAGGUUUGAAUGAACUGAAACGAAAGCUGCUGAUCAGUGACACGCAGCACUAUGGCGUCACAGUGCCCCAUACCACCAGACCAAGAAGAAGCCAGGAGAGUGAUGGUGUUGAAUAUAUUUUCAUUUCCAAGCAUUUGUUUGAGACAGACGUACAAAAUAACAAGUUUAUUGAAUAUGGUGAAUAUAAAAACAACUAUUAUGGCACAAGUAUAGACUCAGUUCGGUCUGUCCUGGCUAAAAACAAAGUUUGUUUGUUGGAUGUUCAGCCUCAUACAGUGAAGCACUUAAGGACACUAGAAUUUAAGCCGUUUGUGAUAUUUAUAAAGCCUCCAUCAAUAGAGCGUUUGAGAGAAACAAGAAAAAAUGCAAAGAUUAUCUCAAGCAGAGACGACCAAGGUGCUGCAAAGCCUUUUACGGAAGACGACUUUCAAGAAAUGAUUAAAUCUGCCCAGAUAAUGGAGAGUCAGUAUGGUCAUCUUUUUGACAAAACUAUAGUAAAUGAUGAUCUUGCUGUGGCCUUCAAUGAGCUGAAAACAACUUUUGACAAAUUAGAGACAGAUACUCAUUGGGUUCCAGUGAGCUGGUUACAUUCAUAACUAUGGGAAGUUUUUAUCUUUUUUUUGUAGAGUGCAUGAUUAAAUCAGUUACCAUUUUGGUGGUAGGGUUUUUUUUUUUAAUCUAUAUCACUGUUAGAGAUGUGCAAUCUUGGUUAAAAUUGAAUGUUGGUUUUGUAUCUUUUUAUAGUCUUAUUUCAAACACAUGUUUGAGUAUAAGAUCCAGAAUUAAAAUGUGCACAGUACUGUAUUCUGAGCAGAGCUUUGAGCUGUCUGGCUGAAUACAAAGCUCUACCUCCAAGAGGAGGUUGAACUUUUUAUAGAAAGUCUUAGCUAGAGUAUAUACAUGGGCGUCCAGUGCUUCUGCUGGUCUCAGACGUGGUCACUGCCUUUGCCAUUUGCAUGUUAGCCAUUGAAGAUGCUAAGUUAACAGCCUUAAGGCAACAUUUUCUCUUACAUAGACACAUGUAGUCACAGUGUGCGCUCUCAAGAAUCUCUCUUUAGAGGAAUUACUGAAAAUCUGUCUCAACCAGUGGCCUUCAUGUUCUAGUUUGAGAAGGCUUUGUGAGUACAUACCAGUGACUCAAUGAAUGUUUAAUAAGGGAAGGUAGGCUUUGAAAAUUAUUACAUAUAAAACUAAAAACCUUUCCUUGUUAGAAUGGUGAUUACAUAUCCAAAAGCACUGAUUACAGAGGACAACUUUAUUUAUAAAUUCUCAGACAUUUCUUUCUGGAGUCACCAGAAAUUCUGGAGCCAGUUUUCUGACUUUGCAUUUUCCCAGUAGAUUACAAGAAUGAAUCCUAUUCUAAAUGUAGGUUUUACAUGUUACUGAUAUAGUUAAAGAAAAUGUGACCAUUUUCUCAAAUAUGUGCAGUUGAUCACUAUAUUUAAAUUUCACUAUAAAUUGUAUUUUAGAAAACUGUUCAUGUAAUGUUAACUUAUUUCUUUGUCACCAAAAUAUUUCUUUACAUUGGCCAGAUACCAUCCUAAUCUUGCUGUUUUUAAAGAAGUUUAAGAAAGACUCUCAUAUUGUAAAUAUAUAGAUGGGAUCUCUCAUCUUUCUUUGAUACUACUGAUCUUCAGUGAGUAAAUUAUACAGCUCAAAAUACUAGAAAUGUGCAUAGUUGUGUAAGAGAAUAUGUGUCCCAUUCUUGCCUGCAGUAAGACCCUGCCCAUCAGAGCAUCAUUGUAUCUGUGACUUUUAAACAGAAAAAAAAAAAAUAUUUUUGUUGAUUUCUAAAGAGAGUUUAGAUGUCCUGUUUAAAGAAAAAUAGUGUAGUGAAAUUUUAUAUAUUUAUGAAAUAUUUGAAAGGCAUAUUUUUUUAAUUAUCAAAUGAGGCUAUUCAUAAAACAAAUUGUAUGUAAAGAUGUCAUUAAUUUAAAAUAGUUUUUUAAAUUGGGGUCAACAUUCCAUGUAAAUAUUUUGACCUUUGUUUGUACUCAGAUCCACAUGUGUGCUCUGUGCACAGCUGAUAGCAUGGCUCACCAGCUUUCUUCAUACAUGUGAGAUUUCAUGCCUGAUACACACUCGCAGCUAAACAGUUAGAUAACCAGUGUUACCUGACAGCCUAAUCCAAACAGCAAAUUCUAAGUUAAUUAAGUAAACAGCAACCAAUUCAGCUUAAAAAGAGGUUUGGGGUUGCCAAGUCUAAUACUGAAGCCAUACGUCAUGGUUGUGUGGCUGGUCUAAGAAAAGUACAAGUCUUCCUUGGAUGGUUUGGGUAAUAUUCUUUUUGAACACCGAUUGAAAUUUCCAGUAAGUUGACUUUCUAGGAAAUGAAUUAUAAUUUAGGUAGGCCGAAUUCUUUGUUCAGAAAUAGAACAUGGUUUGUUUUUGUUUUUUGCCUCAAUUCUUUACUGUGGAGGUAGAGAUCAUGUGAUAAAAAUGGAGUCCCUUUUGGUGGUGGGGAUGGUGAUGGAGGUGUUAUAAAAGUAUAACUGUCCAAUCUCUCUCCGUUUUUACACUAGAGCUGAACAGUAUUUUUUAAAAUAAUGGAAAAGGGGCAAUUCAGCAAUUUUAAACAAUCUUUCCUCAAUAGUACACAUAUGUGGUCUUGCUAGUGACGUCCACAUAGCCACCUUGAUGCUUAGAAAGAGAUUCAGUUCCCUCUAAUUUAGUAAGGCUAGUAGCUCCAUGGGCUUGGGGAUAAAUGUUGCAAAGGGCCCUUGAUCCUGUAUUGGUGUACCCCUGGCUCCCUCUUGAGGGAGGAGAGACUGGUUCUUUAGGCAGCCUGCUCCCGACAAUGUCAGCCACUAUUUGAGAGAACAGGAAUAUUUAUUUUUUUAAGUCCAAAUAUUUAAUAUCCAAGAUUAAGAAGAUAAGUCUGUAUUCCCAUCAAUAACAAACUGGAAUCUGUUUGUUUUUUUUUUUUUUAGGUGAAAUUGAAAUACCAUUUUUACCAUUAUUUUACUUACCAGUAUAGACAUUAUUGAUAUCUUUAAGGCUGACCUUCCUGGUAUCAUGUAAUGACUGAAUGUAUCUAAAUUGUAAUAAUUUAAAAUUGACAAGCAUAUAAAGAAAAACUAUGUUGUUAAACGUUUCCUGAAGAUACAGAUUUUUAUUAUUUAUUUUCUUUUUGACUAGUAAGAGUUUAUAAAUAAAAGGAAUGGAAAACUUUUGAGCAUAAUAAAGUAUCUUC